AUGACUAUCAUGCCUUCUUACUUUCGCAACUGGUUUGGUGGCUCGAGCAGCACUGCUGGGUCCUCUAAGUCUCACAGCCGCUCGCGCUCUGCGGGACCUGCUGCUCCCAUCUAUGCGCCUGCUGGCGCCUCCAGUGGUAGCGCAAACACCCAGCGCAGCUACACGAAUCCCUCGCCGCUUCGCUAUGCUACCGGCCCUGAUACACGAACAGCGCACGGUUAUGCGAAGCGCAGUGCUACUUCACCUUACGCGGAACCGCGCGCGAACAGCCUGCGUCGGGCAAGCUACAAGACUCGCGAACCCGCUCAAUAUGCGACGUAUACCUCUGCCGGCGGGCGCAUUACGCCGCCUGGCUCACAUUCGAAUUCAAGUUCCUCGCUCUUCGGUAUGGGGGCGCCACGGUCGUCUAGCUCUGACAUGGGGCACCACAGUGGGCGCUCCUCUGUUGACGUCCGUCCGCCCUUGAGGCAGAACCAGAGUUGGCAAUCUAGUGUCGGCACUGCGUCAUCUUGUGACUGCUACUCGCGGCCUCGUACGCCUAUGCUGCAUAUGCAUCCACUCCUCGCGUACACGCGUCUUCACCACGCGCCGCUCACGUACGACGUCACAUUCACGCCAUCGGCACGGACGGUCCUGGACCGUGCAACCCACUCUGCCAUUCCUUCGCAUACCCUUGCCCAACCUGCCACGGAGCCGCCCAUGCCUUCGGGCGCCCGUCUCGUCCUCCGCUCGUCAAAGUUCCCAUGGCCAGUUAUCGUAUCUGCGCCCCCGACCACGGCUUCGCCCGGUCCUCGUUUCACCGUGGGCCCUCCGAAGCUGAGCGGAACCAUCACGAACCUUGAUGUCCUCUAUGCUGUGCAUACCACACUCAUGACGCCCGUGACGCCAGAGGAGUGGGCGGCUCUGGGGAACGGGAGCCGGGCACAGCAGAAGGUCGCGAAGGCGUACGAGCGUCGAUGCACACGCAUGGGUGGCGGUUGGGAGGCUGGUGUCCGUCGCGUUGACUGGCUCGGUGAGAAGACACGGCUGGUCGGCGUCGAGGUCGACAAGAGCGGCGGUGGCGGAGGCACCGGCAAGCUCAUCUUCGAGAAGCCGUGA